AUGGCUGCAGCGCUGAUCUUGUCCAGGGGUUGUGGGUCUCUCCUCCGCCGCAGCAGCAGCUUCCGUGCUCGGCGGUGGAGGCCCGCCCCGAUCCGGAGGAUUUUUCAGCCGCACUAUUCCAAUCAGAAAAUGUCAUCUGUUCUUGAAACACUCUUUGAGUAUGUUGAUAAACACCAGGAUCUGUAUGUUGAGCGGCUGGCCCAGUGGGUGGCAAUCCAGAGUGUGUCAGCAUGGCCGGAGAAGAGAGGAGAAAUCAGACGAAUGAUGGAAGUUGCCGCCAAAGACAUUGAACGGCUGGGUGGCACAACUGAGCUAAAGGAUAUCGGGAAACAGAAGCUGCCUGAUGGUUCAGAGAUUCCUCUCCCUCCAAUCAUUCUGGGCAAACUUGGCUCAGAUCCUCGCAAGAAGACUGUUUGUGUCUAUGGACAUUUGGAUGUGCAGCCUGCAGCACUAGACGAUGGCUGGGACAGUGAACCUUUUACCUUGGUAGAAAAAGAUGGGAAACUCUAUGGCCGAGGGUCAACGGAUGACAAAGGCCCCGUGCUGGCCUGGCUGAACGCCCUCGAGGCUUAUCAACAAACCAAACAGGAAAUCCCGGUUAAUGUCAAGUUUUGCCUAGAAGGUAUGGAGGAGUCUGGCUCUGAAGGCCUUGAUGACUUGAUUUUUGCACAAAAAGAUGAUUUCUUCAAAGGGGUCGACUAUGUUUGCAUCUCUGAUAACUACUGGCUGGGUAAGAAGAAGCCCUGCAUCACCUAUGGCCUCAGGGGCAUCUGCUAUUAUUUCAUAGAGGUGGAAUGCAGUGACAAAGACCUUCACUCUGGAGUAUAUGGCGGCUCAGUGCAUGAGGCUAUGACAGACCUCAUUGCUUUGAUGGGCUGCUUAAUUGAUAAGAAAGGGAAAAUCCUCAUUCCUGGCAUUUAUGAUGCAGUAGCUCCUGUCACGGAUGAGGAGCAUCAACUCUAUGACAGAAUUGACUUUGACAUGGGGGAGUAUGCGAAGGAUGUAGGAGCCAGUCGACUGCUGCAUGUCACCAAGAAAGAUAUACUGAUGCAUAGGUGGCGGUAUCCGUCCUUAUCCCUCCAUGGAAUAGAAGGUGCUUUCUCUGGAUCAGGCGCUAAAACUGUGAUUCCACGGAAAGUGACUGGCAAAUUUUCAAUCAGGCUGGUGCCAGACAUGACACCCGAAGUUGUGACCAAGCAGGUUCAAGAUUACUUGUCGAAAAAGUUUGCUGAGUUGCACAGCCCUAAUAAGUUCAAAGUAUAUCUGGGCCAUGGUGGAAAACCUUGGGUAUCCGAUUUCAACCACCCACACUACAUGGCUGGUAGAAGAGCUAUGAAAACAGUUUUUGGUGUGGAGCCAGAUUUGACAAGAGAGGGAGGAAGCAUUCCUGUCACCCUGACCUUCCAGGAAGCAACAGGCAAGAAUGUAAUGCUGCUCCCUGUUGGAUCUGCAGAUGACGGAGCCCAUUCUCAGAAUGAGAAACUCAACAGGUACAACUAUAUUCAAGGUGUCAAACUGUUGGGCGCAUACUUCCACGAAGUUGCCCAGCUGAAGGACUGAAUGUGAAUGAGCUUUGCAAAUGGAGUUGCUUUGGGACCAGAAAGUUCCUCAAAGUACUUUUUUGCAACCUGAAAAACUGCACUGUAUUUUGUUCUCCUUCCAGACUAAUUUUUGCUGAGAUGCUUGAUGAAAACAAAAAUUGAACUCUAUAUGGAGCACUUUAUAUAGAGAAGCCUCUUUUUAAAAAAAACAAAUACAAAAAGAAAACAAAAAAACGCCUCACCCCGUUCUGCAUACUUCCAAGCACUCCAACAGUACCGUAACUCACUAAUCAACCUACUUACUAUUCCAUUGAGGCGGCUGGAGGGGUGGGGAGACAAAAGUCUUCUAUUUUUCCAUAAUCUGCCGUGUGUCCGUGUGUAACAGCAAAUGACCGUUGAUGCCUCUAUCAGCAUCUGCUACCCCUACAUCGUCCUCUUAACUAUUUGCCAUUUCUCACAUUAAAUAUUACAAAACCAGAAUCUGAGGCCAACACCGUAUCUUUUUACUUGGAAGAAACUGUUCUUGUCAGACGUUUAGACAAGGCAACAAAGACCUCUUGGAAAGUUUCAAAUGAAUUGCAAACGAAGGAGGGUUUGUGCUGGGUGCAAGGAGAGCCCAUGAGCCGUCCCGUUUGCCCUAGGAGCUUAUGGGUGUUUCUCUUCAGAUACCUGCGCCUGUUAGCAAUCUCUGCAGGCCUUGGUGACAUUAUAUAUUCCCGGUUAUUAAUAACAAGCUGGUAUUUUUCUAAAGCAUCCUUUGUACUCCCAUGCUACUAAAUAAAAAUAGACCUGGCUCUGUUAA